AUGUAUUCAGCGUCAAGAGUGGUUAGACAGGAACAAUAUAUCAAUAUUAUUGACCUUGACAAAGUCACCGAACAUAGAAUAAAUGGAAAGAGCCUUCUUGAAACCCUUGGUAUUGCCCUUCGUAAAGUCCCUCUUACGCAACCAACCGAUAUUAAUAGAACUGUUAUGCGUUUGAUGCCUAUGGAAGAAUAUGACAGUAAAGACCAGUUUGUUAAAGACCACAAGCUCGUACUUAAAGAACUUGGAGUGAAAAAUGCGGUUCAACUUAUCUACUUGUUGUUUAUUCUCAACGAUAUUCUCGCUGAGCAUGACACCUCUAUGAAGAAUUACAUAGACGAAACUUUCCAAAAACAAGUGGUGCAGUUUGAAGCAACAGAAGUAUCCAAUGAUACGCCAGUAUCUACUUUAGUACAGCUGAUGGAAACGGAAAUUUUUGAAAAUGUCGAACACCAAUUAAUGGAUGUGGAACACGAUGAUCAAAACAAUGAACACCUAUUAGAGGACGUGAUUGCUGAAUCUUCAACAAAAAACUCUAAAAAGAGUUCCACAAAACUUAACGCCAAAGCCAUACCCUAUACCCCAAAAGGAAAAGGACGCACUAUCACGUUUGCAGAAAUGGCCUCCAGGAAUCUUGAUGCAGACAGCAACCGUGAUACCUCCCUGACUCCACCUGGUAAUAGGCCAAAGAAUAACGAGAUCAAGCGUAAGAUGUCAAAUAGCCAGGCGCAACUGGCUAAGAAGAAACAACAACACACUUCUCCAAAAGAAAUACAAUCAGUAAUGACCAGAUACGACCCAGUACUAAAGGACAAUAUCUGGGAAAUUACUUUAUAUGACAUCCCCUCCACUUGGGUUCAGCUCGAUCUUCUUCAGCAUCUUGAGAAAUGGGGAGUCUGGACCGCUCCUUUAAGAGGUCUUCCUGUCCGAUGGUAUCCUGCUAACUGGAAUCUUCAACAAAGAAAGAAAAGAGAACGAUUUCAGGCUGUGGUGAAAGAUUUACCUGGAACUAUCACUACUUCGAUGCUAUAUCCUUCAGACCCUUUCCAAUCACCUAUCUCACAUUUGAGAUGCAAAGCGUUUAAGGUGGUUUAG